AUGGAGGAUGUUUUAGGUCGCUCCCUUUCAAAAAAGGAACUUAAACUUGAAUUGACUGUGAAACAAAAGGACGAACUUAAGUGCGCUUUCGACCUUUUGGACGAGUCCGGUGUGGGAACUAUUGACAUAACUGAUAUUGGUGUACUAGAUUUCAGUGGGUUUCUUAGUGUGAUGACAGAAACAAUGUUGUCUAAAUAUUCCGAUGAGGAAAUUAAAAAGGCAUUCCAACUGUACAGUCUAAGUGACCGUGGAUAUCUGGAAAUUGGUGAUGUUAAACGUGUUGCGCAACAGUUAGGUGAAGAAAUAUCUGAGGAGGAAUUGCAGGUUUCUUAG